AAUGGCAAACCCGCUUCUUGUCAGGGGCGGAGACCUGUUCUCCAAUCCGCGAGUGAGCCCGUCGCUUGGGCAACAGCGUCCAGGAGACCCCCAAAUGGGCUGGGCCUCUAAAACCCGACGGCUUAGGGUCCGCGCGCAGGUGUGGGCCGAGCGAGACUGAGACUCGAGCGGGGGCCGGGCCACCCACUUCUUCCUUGUGCACAGAGGUCUCUGAGGCAGCAUCCAUGCCGGGAUUCCCACAGCUGAUCAGCACCUUCAGACAGAACCAGCUCUGCGGAGAUAUUUGGUAGCCUGGUGUCUGCCCAGCCCAGGGAUCUGGUGUUAACAAGGCAGUUGCCUUAGGAAAGCUUCACAGAACUCUCCAAUUCUGAAAUAUUUUAUCGUGAAGAAAAAUGAAACAAGGCAGCACCAAAGGCAACACCAAAGCCAGGAAUUUAAUGAACAAAAUGAUGAACAUACCAGGUGGGCAUGCUUUGUAUCCUCACACCCGAAAAUUCACAUGUUCAAGACCCCAUUCUUCACCAUGCAGAGUAUAUUCAAAGAAUGGUUUCCAAAAUAUCUUCAGACCUUCUUCUUCACCCUCAGCUGCUGCAAAUCCAAUACUGUCCUUCUUAGAUGUUAAGCGGAUUUUAUUUCAAAAAAUCACUGACAAAAAGGAUGAAUUGAAAAAAGCCUUCCAGCUGCUCGAUGCUAGUCAGAACCUGACAGUGACAAGAAGUGAACUGAGGAGGAUCAUCACCACCUUCCUGCUCCCACUCACCAAGGAGCAGUUCCAGGAUGUGCUGGCCCAGAUCCCUCUCACCAGCUCUGGUAAUGUACCAUACCUUGAGUUCCUGUCCAGGUUUGGUGGAGUUGACCUAAAUAUAAAUGUUAUAAAGAGGGGAGGAGGGAAUGAAGUAAACUGCUGCCGGACACUGAAAGAACUUGAGAUCCACAUAGGAGAAAAGAUUUUCAGAAACGCGAAAACGAUCAUCAAAGCCUUUCAGCUAGUUGAUGUUAACAACAUCGGCCUGGUGCAACCGCAGGAGCUGAUGCGGGUGCUGGAGACCUUCUGCUUGAAGAUGAAGGAGGAGGAAUACCGGAAGUUCUCAAAACACUACAACAUUGAUAAAGACACUGCAGUGGAUUACAAUAUGCUUUUGAAGAACCUCAGCAUAAAUAAUGACCUGCAUUUUAGAUAUUUUAUGUCGAACCAAGAGGUCUCACCAGAGAAUCAACAAGCCAAAACUUUCAAGAGAGAGCAUUUGCUCAAUUCUGCACCAUCCAAAGAGAGCUGGAACAACUGCUCUUUAGAUGACGUUGAAAAGGUCUUCUGCCAAGAGUUCUCAAAGUCAGUUGAUAAGAUUGAAAAAGCCCUCAGUGCUGGGGACCCCUCCAGAGGUGGCUAUGUCUCUUUGAAUUAUCUCAAGAUUGUCCUUGACACCUUUGUCUACCGGCUACCAAGGAAAACUUUCCUCCAGUUAAUGAAAAGAUUUGGAUUUAAAACAACCACUAGAAUCAAUUGGAAGCAAUUUUUAACAUCAUUUUAUGAGCUUCGGGGGUUGGAAAAUAGCUCGAGGUCCCCGGUUCCAAAGAAGAACUCAGCCAUCAACUCUAGAAACCAGUCUCACAGGGAUGAUGUUAUCACAAAGUUACUCAGACACGCUGAAGACGGCUACAGGUCCCUGAAGAAAGCAUUACUGAUGAACAGCAUCAAACCCAAUGGACAGAUACGGGAGAAAUUGAGACAGAUUCUAAGUUUCACUGUUAUAAAAUUAAAAGAUUCAGAAUUCAAAGAGCUCAUGAGAACACUAGACCCUGGGGGCACUGGAGUGGUCAAAGUCAGCUCCUUUAUUGACCUGCUUGAAGCGAGCCCUAAGAUGAGAAAAACAUCCCCCUGUACAGGCACUAAGACAUCUCUCCUCUUGGCAUGGGGCUCAAUGGAAGAAAUGGUUCAUGAUGCAAUCGCUAAGAAUCUACACGCUUUUUAUAACAUGCUGCAAUCAUAUGACCUUGGAGACACGGGGUUCAUUGCUCGGAAUAAUUUCAAGAAAGUCAUGCGCAUAUUCUGCCCAUUUUUAACAAAUGAACAGUUAAUAAAACUCUGCUGUAAGUUUCAAGAUAUGACUUCAGAAAAAAUCCUUUACAAGAAAUUUUUGGCAUGCAUCAGAAUUAAUGCCCCCCCUACAGUCUCUCCGAUUCUUGUUCCAAAGGAUCAGCCAAGUGAACGUUUUCAAAAAGGAGAAGAGCAGCAGCCGGCCCUCUCUGAGAGAACCGAGCUCACCAGUGACAGGACUGCCACGACCAAGAACAUGAGUAAAGAUGAAGUCAUUGAAAAACUGAAAAGUUGUGUAAAGCGGCAGGACCCAGCGUUCAGAAAGCACUUCCUGGAUGUGAGCAAGGACCUUCGUGGGAAGAUCAGCAUGCACGACUUCAAGAAGGUACUGGAGGACAACGGGAUGCCCAUGGAUGAGGUGCAGUACACUCUGCUGGCUACAAAAAUCGGUUAUAAGAAGGAGGGGAUGAGCUAUCUGGACUUUGUGACAGGAUUCGAAGAUACUAAAACGAAUGGCCCGGUUGCAACUCCACUUCAGACUCUGGUUUCUUCAAAAAGUCACUUGAAUGGCCACUUUAUAACUGCUGAAGAAUGCCUGAAACUUUUCCCCAAGAGACUGAAGGAGUCAUUCCAGGACCCCUACUCUGCCUUCUUUAAAAUAGACACUGACAGGGAUGGCAUAAUCAACAUGCGCGAUCUUCACAGAUUGCUACAGCGGCUACUCUUCAACCUGAAAGACGAGGAGUUUGAGCACUUCCUUGGCCUUCUUGGCUUGAGACUUAGUGUCACUUUAAACUUCCAGGAAUUUCAAAAUCUGUGUGAGAAGAGGUCCCCCCAAAUGGACGAGGCACCCCAAAGACUCAUAAGACCCAAACAGAAAGUCGCGGAUUCAGAACUAGCCUGUGAACAGGCUCAUCAGUAUCUUGUUAUCAAAGCAAAAAACAGAUGGGCGGACUUGUCCAAGAAUUUUAUAGAAACGGAUACCGAGGGCAAUGGCAUCCUUCGACAACGGGAUAUAAAGAAUCUGUAUGGCUUUGACAUUCCCCUCACACCAAGAGAAUUCCAGAAGCUUUGGCAAAGCUAUGACACUGAAGGAAGAGGGUACAUUACUUACCAAGAGUUUUUACAGAAACUCGGUAUUAACUCCUCACCAGCAGUCCACCGGCCCUAUGCAGAAGAUUACUUCAACUUCCUGGGUCAUUUCACGAAGCCCCAGCAAGUGCAAGAAGAAAUCCACGAGCCGCAGCAGAGCACAGAGAGGGCUGUGCCAGCCAGGGUUCAGCUUAUGGACCACUAUCAGGACAUCAACAAAGCACUCAGUGCACUGGAUAAGUCCCAGUCCAUCAUGUCCCUCUGCAAGAUGCAAAGGUCAUUGCAGGAGUGUGGCUGUCCCCUGAAGGAGGAGAAGCUGACCAGUCUUCUGCACAGUUUGGGAAUCAUCUGCCAUGAUAAUACCAUCAAUUACCUUGACUUCUUGAGAGCACUGAAGAGCAGCAAGAAAACUAGACCUCAGCCAGAAGAGAAAGAAGAAAGCAUGCCAAUCAACUUCUCCACACUGAACCCAGAGGAAGUCGUGAGGAACAACCAGGAGGUGGUCAGCUCCUCCCACCCGGCUUUGUUACAGGCAUUUUCUGCAUUGGACAAAGAAGACACGGGGUUUGUGAAGGCUACAGAUUUUGGACAAGUGCUUAAGGAUUUCUGCUACAAGCUAACAGACAGCCAGUUCCAUUAUUUUUUGAGGAAACUAAGAAUUCACCUAACACCCUACAUACAUUGGAAGUAUUUUCUUGAGAACUUCGGCUGUUUCUGAGAGGAGACUGCUGACGAGUGGGCUGGGAACAUGCCCAGAGUCCUGCCCACUGCGUCUCCCAGAGAAGUGGCCAACAGAGACCAGCUGGUGCGCCUCCACAAGGCCGUGACCUCCCACUACCAUGCCAUCGCCCAGGACUUCGAGAACUUUGACACUAACAAAACCAACACGGCCUCCAAAGACGAGUUGAGGGCCAUCUGCACCCGCCAUGUGCAAAUCCUGACGGACAAGCAAUUUGACAGGCUCUGGAGCGAGAUGCCCGUGAAUGCCAAGGGGAGGCUGAAGUACCAGGAAUUCCUGAGCAGGUUCAGCAUGGAGAGGGCAGCUGCACCACCGGCCACAGGCAACUCAACCCAGGCCCAGAAGGGGAGCAGCGUCCCCAAGGUCUCAGAGAGAACCCAAUCUGCUGUCUCCUCACCCACGCACGACCUUCAGGCAGGGUCGAAGUCAUGGAGUCAGCCCUGUACCUCUCUGUCCCUCCUCCAGACCCCAACAGGCACCCCAGCACUGCAGAACUGUGAGCCCAUCGAGAGCCGGCUCCGGAAGCAGGUUCAGGGCUGCUGGCGGGAGCUGCUGAAGGAGUGCAAGGAGAAGGACAGGGCAAGGCUGGGGACCAUCACGGCACCUGAGUUCCUGGCUUUGAUGGAGAAGUUCCACCUGGAUGUGAGCAAGGAGGAGACCCAACAGCUCCUUGUGAAGUAUGACUUGAGGGACAAUGGCACAUUUGCCUACUGCGACUUCAUCCAGAGCUGUGUGCUCCUGCUCAGGGCCAAGGAGACCUCACUGAUGCAGCGUGUGAAGAUCCAGAAUGCCCACAAGAUGAAAGAAGCUGGUACCGAGACAUCCUCCUUCUACAAAGCUCUGCUUCAAAUCCAGCCCAAGACCCUGCACUGCUGGAGGCCCAUGAGGCGCAUGUUCAAAGCCUAUGACAAGGGCGGGACAGGGUUCCUGAGCGCUGAAGACUUCAGGAAGGUGCUGAGGCAGUUCAGCAUCAACCUCUCAGAGGAGGAGUUCUUCCAUCUGCUUGAGUACUACGACAAGACACUGUCCUCCAAGGUCUUCUACAAUGACUUCCUCCGGGCCUUCCUGCAGUAGACAUGGCCGAAGCACACCCCAACAACAGACAGGCCCUGUCUGUCCCACAGCUAACAAAGCCACAGAACCAUGGGGUCUGAUGAAUUUCCCAGCGUGUCUCCAGAGCAGACACUGGCCCAGGCUGCGAGUCCAGAUGCCUCUCUCCACUGCCGCCAGGCAGCUCAGCAGCCUCAUUAGUUUGAGCAAAUAAAAUAAUCUUCGCAGGAAUGAUUCUUGACACUUUAAAAGAACUGCUAAUGAUAAAGUAUUUAAGAACUUGGGAUUUCUGAGAACUGUGUUCCUGGCUGUCUGCUGGGUCCCUGCUCCAUCCUCCCAGGGCUUUCACCUCCUUUACCUACCUAUGGCCCCAUCCUAGAGCACAGGGCAGACAUCUGCAGCCCCUGCUUCACUGUCUGCAUGGCGCACCUCUGUCCUGGGGACACACACUGCUGUCCCUUCCCUGCCACUGGCCAGCCGGACCCCAGAGAACACCUCACUCACAUCAGAUCCAGGCUCUGGGCUCAGCCCUCCCGAGGCCACCAAGAGGGAUUCAUCCACUGAAUGCCAGAAAGAUCUGGAUGCAGCUGCUUUUCCUUCUAUUCUGUCUGGUUCCUCAGGCAGUGACAGGGCUGGGGCUGUCCUCUGAGUUUCACCUCAACUUCCUCUAUCGUCGUCCUACACUGGGACGCCGGCACUCUUUGCAAUUCUGGAGAUUUGUUUCUAACCAAAUCAUCUGUGACUGAGGACCCUGCCAUGUGACAUUUAGUCACCACAUCUGCCACCAUUAUAGGGCAUGGCCUAGUGCCUCCCCAGAGGCCAGCAGGCCAGAGCCACAGGUCAGCGUGGAGGUCGGGUUCACAGGGCCUGGAUAGCUGGCGGGUCUGUCUUCCUGCUCCCUGAGGCCUUGUCCCAUCCCAUUCGCUGCUCCAUGUGCAUGUUGUUAGGACAUCUGAUGUGACAUCUCCAGCUGGCUAAAUUUCAAUCUCAUCUACAAAAAUCUGGGUGAUGCUGGGCUUUCAGUGAGCUCUGGAAGGAACUUUGGUAUCUGCCAACUGUUCUUACAACCCCAGAAAUUAAAGGUUCAUUCCUAUGCUUGCAGAAAAUAAAAGCGCAUUCUUAACCUAUCCAAAUGCCAGCUAUGGUGGAGGAUGGGUGCUGAGGGAUGAAGGGCAGGCUGAUGUCCUGCCCAUGUGCCCUGGUCCUGGCAUUUGAGGCCCCACUGGUGUGCCCAACCCCCGUUCUGCUGCUGGGCUUCAACUUCCCCACAGACACACAUCUGCUCCUCAGGAAAUGCCAAUUUUUCCUUUAAAACUCAAUCUAAAGUCACUCCUCCCAGGAAUCCCCUCCGACUUCCUGAGGCUGAGACACUUAGCACUGUUCAGCAGCCUUGUGAACCCAUCAUUUUUUAAGAGCUGAAGAAGGAGGAGAAGGGGGAAACAAGAACAAGCAACUAUAUGUAGCCCACAAAUCCAGAAGUAUUUACUGUCUGACUCCUUAUAGAGCAAGUUUGCUGGCCCCUACUAUACAAAUGUCCAGCUUUUUCCAACACUUGGGAAGCUGAGGAAGAAGAAUCACAAGCUCAAGGCCAACCUAGACUACAUAGUGAGACACUGUCUUUAAAAAGGCAAAAACAAAAAAGUCCAGCUUUCAAUAAAAAAUAAUCAGGCAUACAUACCAAAGACAAUUUUUAAAAAACAUAGUCUGUAGAGAAAAAACAAUCAUAAGAAUCAGACUCAGAUUUGACAUAGAUUUGGGGACUACCAAAAAAGAAAUUUUAAAUAACAUUCAUCUGUUAAAGCUCUAAUGGAAAAGGAAGACAACACAUAUGAUCAGAUAGGAAAUUUCAGCAGAGCUGAAACUAUAAGAAAGCAAGUGGAAGUGCUUGAAACCAUUGCAACAAAAAUGCAGAGUGUCUUUGACAGACUCAUUGGGAAUUUAACACAACCAAGGGAAGGACCUGUGAACUUGAAAACAAGUCAGUACCAGGAACCCAGACUGAAACCUAAAGAGAAGAGAGAGUGUGGAAAAUAACGGCCUGGGAUUCAGCUCAGUGGUUUUGCCAUCUGCUGCACAAGCACAAGGAUCUGAGUUUGAUCCCCAGUACCAAAAAAAAAACGAAAAAGAAAAUAACAAUACGUGAGCCAUGGGACAAUAUGAAAUGGCCUCACAUAGACACAUGACUACACACAAAGGAGGAAAAGAAAGAGAGCAUAGCAAAGAAGAAAUAUUUUAAUAAAUAAUGGCUACAAAUUUUCCAAAAUUAGUUACAGACAUUAGACUAAAAGAAACUUAUAGAACCAGACAGGGUUCACAAUCACACACGUGCAUGCAUGCACACCCAGGCCUACCACAUUCAGACUCUUGCAAACAAAGACAAAAAAUUGUAAAGCCAUGUGGAGAAAAAAGACACACUGCCAACCCAGGGAUAAGGACAAGAACUACAGCUGACUUCUCACCAGAAACCAUGCUAGCCAAAGACAAUGGAGAUUAUCACUAAGACUUUCAGAGUACUGGGGAAAAACUGUCAAAAUUCUAUAACCAAAAUCAGGAAAAAUAAAGAAUAUUUUAGA